AUGGCCCAGCCAGCACAUCACGCCGAGGAUAGCGAUGAGGAGCUCACCGAUGAGCAGGUCAGGCAGCUCCUCAACGAGGCCGAAAAGAGGCUGCGCGAAAAGGCGAGCUCGCACCCCACCGCCGAAAAACCGUUCACGCUUCCUAAGCUGAAGCCGACCCAGCUGCCUGAUACGUACCUGACGACGAAGGGCUCCAUUACUCGACUUGACCAGUCCAAGCUUGUCCCUGAGAAGGACCGCGCUCUUGCAAAUGGAGUGAAGAAGAUUGAGGAUCCCGUUGUUGCCAAGAGACAGAGGAAAGAGGAGAAGAAGGCCACCGCUGGAUCAUCGUGGUUCGACCUCCCUAAGCUAGACGUCACGCCGCAGCUGCGUCAGGACCUUCAGCUUCUUCAAAUGCGAAAUGUGCUCGACCCGAAGCGGCAUUACAAGAAAUCAGAUUCCAAAUCCGCCGUCCCGGUCUACGGGCAAGUUGGAACGAUCAUCGAGGGACCUACGGAGUAUUACAGUAGCCGCAUCAACAAGAAGGACAGGAAGCAGACCUUCGUAGAGGAAGUCCUUGCGCAAGAAGAAGAGUCGGGCAAGUUCAAGAGAAAAUACGACGAGAUCCUCAAAUCGAAGACUAGUGGCAGGAAGGCGCACUACAAAGCGCUAAAAGCCAAGCGCCGAAAAGGCAAGGCCGUCAACCCAUGA